GGCGUGUCGGUUUGCAUCGAACUCGAGAGCGCGAUGACCGAGCACGACCCGCCGACGGACUUCCAGUUUACGAGCGACUCGCUCGACCCAUACGCCACGUACGAAGACUAUUUGGACUCGCAGAUCAGCGAGACGGACCUCUUCUACCUCGAAGACGAAGAGCUCGCGCGGCAGCUCAUCGAGCUCGGGUACCGCGGCACGGGCGAGACGCUCCGGCGCGAAGACUUUGAGGCGCGGAAGAAGACGGAGCGAGAGCGGAACGCCCAAAAGACCAACUUGCCCAAGCAGCUUGCCAGCGCUGGCAAAGACUUUUCCCAGCUGCCGUUCCUCUCGGCGCUCGCAAGCCGCGAAGAGAUGGUUCGCAACGGCAAGCUCACGUCGAUCAUCUUUAUCCGAGACCGUAAUCCAAAGGGCCAAGAAGUGAGCGGCUACAUCGACUAUGCGCUGCGUCUCAAGUCGGAGCCGUUCGAGCCAUACUUUGAGCGGAAGAAGCGCCUUUUGCCGAAACCUUCCGACUUAAGCUACUACAACUGGGAGACGCAGACUUGCACGUCCAACUCGAGCCCCAAUUUUCAAGUCAUUGCGGACAGCGAGACGGGCUUGCUUUUCAAGAACAAACGCGAUCGCAAGGUCAUCAACGUGGACCCCAAAGCCAACCCGGGCGACAAUUCGACUCGGACCGAAAUCAAGACCGCCGAGUACAUGCAGGUUGUUAUUUACGACCACAUGACGCGUCGCAAAAACUAAUAGCCUUCGUCGUCGAGUUUC